GAAUAAUUUUAUGAACGACUGAACGUGUUUGCACUAUUUACAAACAAAAAAGCUGCCAAGCUGUCAUCGCUGUACCACAUAUCAAUUUCUGGGUUUAUUGAACAGCAUGGCAGAGUACAGUGAGGAUUUCAACAAAGUUCGACAGUUUGUUGCAAAAGUUACCAAAUUUUCCUCACAAUACAACAGCUCCAGCUGGUCGGCCAAUACAGUUAUCGGUCCUCCCAGAGUUUACCCACAAUAUGGGGAUCUACAUGGAGCAUGGGCAAGCUCUGAUAUUAAUGCCAACCAGUUUAUUGAGGUUAAAUAUAAUGAUAAAGUCUAUGUAAAUGAAAUCAACAUUUACGAGACUUACCAUGCAGGGGGCACUAGAAGUGUCAAGGUGAGGGAUCCUUCAGGAAAGUGGGAGACGAUAUACCAGACCAAAAAACUAGAGUGUAUCAAGAAAAGCAGGAUCUUCACACCAUCAAUUCAGAAACCAAACUAUCAAGUAAAUGAACUGAGAAUUGAAGUGGACUGCACGAAGGCUGGGACCUGGGUAGAAAUUGAUGCAGUGGAAUUAGUUGGGACAAGAUUCAAUUUUGAGGUUCCUCAGAUGCCUGCACAGUUGUCUGGUGACAUGGGCCAGCUGGUCAACAGUGACCUGUUCAGUGAUGUUCAGUUCUCGGUGGACGGUAGAAUUUUCCAUGGCCAUAAGGCUAUUCUGGUUGUUCGUUCCAACUUCUUUCAAGCCAUGUUCUGUGACCAAAUGAGAGAAAGUACUACGAGUGAACCAAUAGUAUUAAAGGAUGUUAGUGCUGAUGCAUUUGCUAUCAUUUUGCAUUUCAUUUACACCAAUGAGAUUGCUCAGAAUUCUGAUUGUCUUUUGUUGCUGGAAAUUUGGAGAGUUGCUGAUCAGUUCUGCUUAGAAGGUUUGAAAUCAAUGACUUUCAUCAGUCUGUGUUCCACCCUUAAUGUGGAGAACGUCGUGGACAUUUAUGUGGAGGCUGCAACCAAACUCCCCGUCAUAGAGGAUUUGAUGACAGCAGCUAUGCAGUUCAUGAGAUCCAGAAUGGACGAGAUUGUACGCCAGCCAAACUUUACCUCUCUACCCAAAGAUGUAAUGGUGGAGAUUAUUCAACACAUGACAGAGAAAUUGUCCCUCUCAGACUCCAAGUAAAAUGACCCGUCUCUGUUAUGAUAAAAGAAAGUACAUGUAUAUUUUGAAUAUAGGUUUUUAGAAACAUUUGAUAUACUGAUACUCAUUUUUGUGAGAGAGAAAAUUUGCUAUGUAAUUUUGUAUUUUUCACCAAAAAUCUUUUUAGUCAAUACAAGAUGAAAAAGUGCUGAAAUCUUGACAUAGAUUGACAUAGUUUUGAAAUGUUCUGUUGUUGAUAGAUUUUGUGUGCACUGACUGAAUCACACAGGUAUUUUCCGUGAACUACACACCUGUCAAUAGUUAUAUACAUACUGUGUACAUGUAGGUGAUGUUACUGUUAUGAUAUAACAUGUAGACGAGUAUUUGUUACGAUUUCUUUUUACAUAGUGCUAAAAUUUUAUCCCGUUUCAGGACUAGGGUUCAGGGCUAAGGUUUAGGGUUUGAUGACAGAGUUCAGGGACAAGACUAAGGGAUAGAAUUACGGGAUUGUAAACAUUUUUAACCCAUGUCCCCCUGAUAAUAAAGCUCAAGGAAAACCUGACAAUGUCAUUUAAUACAAUCAAUUGUUAAUCACCAUUUACAAAGAUGUUGUGCAUUAUAUCUUACUAAAUUCAUUUUAUAAAUUUGCAUGCAUUACUUCCAUGAUGGAGUUAAUCACAUGAACCCGGUAAUACAUGUACAGUACAGGUGCACUUGUACCGAGGAUGCACUUAUAUAAUCUCUGUAGUAUGAUGCCAAUAUAGUUGUUCUAAAGAUCCCACUACAAAUACAGGUCAUAUUUUCUACAUAUCAGGUAGUGUUAUUAUAUAUAUAUAUAUAUAUGAUAUCUUAUAAAUAAAAGAAUUGUUUGUUUUUAAGUCAGAAAGCCCCCCCCCCCCCCCCCCCCCCCCCCCUCCCCUCCUCCAGGGCCCUUCCUUCUUUUAUGACUUGCAAAUUAGGCAGAUCAGACCUAAUGCAGUCAGUGCAAUUUUGUAUCUGUGAUCUAUUUUUCCAUGUUAUUUAUUCGUAUUGUUUUCUAUAAACAAAGUAUUCUUUUUAUACUCUACAUCAAUGUUUUACCUGUAUUUAUAUUUCUAAAAUCAAAACCUUGUAUGUAUAUGUAUACUUUUAACAUACCAUGUAGUACUUAAGUGAUCUUUUCUCCUCAAAUCCCAGUUAUCGAUUCAUUUGAAUCAAUAAUCCUCGACUUGUGAAGAUGCUCAAAUCCUUGAAGUUGUUGAUUUUCUUGAAUUUGUUGAUUUUCUUGAAUUUGUUGAUUUUCUUAAAUUUGUUGAUUUUCUUGAAGUUGUUGAUUUUCUUGAAUUUGUUGUUUUUCUUAAAUUUGUUGAUUGAUUUUCUUGAUAUUGAGUGAUUUUCUUAGAAUUGAUGAUUAUUUUUAUGAAACACAUAUAUCGUGUUACAGCAUAUUUUUUCAGCAUUAACUUAAACUUGUCUUGACUUAUUUACACAUUUUAGUUUUAAAAAUACUUGAUUAAUAUUUUACUAAUGUCACUAUACAUUGUGCAUCAUUUGUUGUUAUAUAUGUACAAUAUAUAUAGAUUUUGUAUACUUUACACAUUUCAAGCUUAACUUUCCCUAAAUCACUCAGGUAAUCUUUGAAUAAAAUCUGUGAUACUC